AUGGAGCCACUAGUUGCAUUGCUGCAUAUGGUGAUUGCCAUCAUGACUUUUUCUAAAACUAAUGAAACUGCCUGUACACUGCAAGGAGAGCCAGUACUUCCUGAAUUAUGGAAAGAUGGGGACAUCAUAGUUGGAGGUGUUUUCUCUUUCCAUAGCAGCUGGGAAGUCAGGCAGCUGACAUACACCUUUGUGCCACCUCCACUAAAAUGCAUCAGUCUUAAUUUCAGAGACUUCCAGUACGCACAGUCCAUGCUUUUUGCCAUCGAGGAAAUUAAUAACAGUUCCACUUUGCUACCCGGUGUCUCAUUAGGCUACAAGAUCUAUGACACAUGUGGCUCAGUAGCGGUUGGUGUUCAAGCAGCUAUGGCCCUUGCAAAUGGGCAUGAGAAAAUAUCUGUUGAAGGGCCCUGCACAAAGCAUGCUGAAGUUCAAGCCAUUUUAGGGGACACAACUUCAUCUGCUUGCAUGGCAAUAACGAAAAGUAUCGGACCAUUCAAGCUUCCAUUGAUCAGUCACUAUGCCACCUGUGAGUGUCUUAGUGACAAAAUGAAGUAUCCUUCAUUUCUUCGAACUAUUGCAAGUGACCACUACCAGAGCAGAGCACUGGCAGAACUGGUUAGACACUUUGGCUGGACCUGGGUGGGAGCCUUAAGAACAGAUGAUGAUUAUGGCAACAGUGGGAUGGCAACUUUUACUAAGGUGGCCGAACAGAUGGGAAUCUGUUUGGAAUAUUCUCUCCCAUUUUUCAGAACAUAUACUGAAGAUAAAGUAAUGAGGAUAAUUGAACAGAUUAAAAGCUCUACUUCACGAGUGAUUGUGGGAUUUCUUGCUCACUGGGACUUGGAGGUGCUACUGCAUAAAUUUGUUGAAUAUAAUAUUACUGGAUACCAGUGGGUAGGCACUGAAGCCUGGAUCUCUGAUUCAGUCAUUGCCAGCAUGGAUACACAUCACAUUCUACAAGGGGCUGUUGGUCUAGCAAUACCCAAAACAAAAGUGACAGGUCUACAAGAAUUCAUUUUAAAUAUAAAACCACUACAGUCUUCUGGUGGUGCCAUUUUUUCUGAGUUCUGGGAAGCCCUGUUUCAAUGUAAAUAUUCCAACAAGGAUAUUUCAGUCUCCAUAAAUCCAUGUACAGGCAAGGAAGAGUUGUCACAAGUGGAAAACCUAUUCACAGACAUGUCACUCAUGCCUAUUUUCAGUAAUGUGUACAAAGGAGUGUAUGCUGUUGCUCAUACACUUCAUGAACUUCUAGGCUGUAAAGACAAAUGUGCCUUAAAGAAACAGCCUGAUCCUGUAACUUUUCUGAAGCACAUUAGAAAGGUACAUUUCAAAACCAAAGAUGGUGAGGAGGUUUACUUUGAUGAGAAUGGUGAUCCAGUGGCAAAAUAUGAUAUCAUUAACUGGCAGCCAAGUACAAAACAACAUUACGAAUUUGUGACUGUUGGGUUUUAUGAUGCUUCUUUUAUGGGGAUGGAUCGUUUAGCUGUCAAUAUGUCAUCAAUUUUCUGGGCAAUUAAUUCAACAAAGGUUCCAGUGUCUGUGUGCAGUGAGAGCUGCCCCCAUGGCACUAGAAAAUCUGUAAAGAAAGGAAAACCUAUAUGCUGUUAUGACUGCAUAUCAUGCACAGAGGGGGAGAUCAGUAAUACAACAGAUUCAGUAACAUGUCUUCGGUGUCAUCAAGACUUCUGGUCAAAUCUGCAAAAGGAUCAGUGUAUUAGGAAGCAAACUGAAUUUCUGUCUUAUGAAGAGAUCAUGGGACUUUUGCUCACAACUAUUUCAGUGGCUGGUGCAUUUUUAACAAUGCUAAUUGCAGUCAUAUUUUUCAAGUACAAAAAUACACCAAUAGUGAAAGCCAACAAUUCAGAACUGAGCUUCUUGCUCCUCUUUUCACUGAUGCUGUGUUUUCUCUGUUCACUCACUUUCAUUGGUCGCCCCACUGAGUGGUCCUGUAUGUUGAGACACACAGCAUUUGGGAUCACUUUUGUUCUCUGUAUUUCCUGUGUUCUGGGGAAAACAAUAGUGGUGUUAAUGGCCUUUAAAGCUACACUUCCAGGAAGUAAUGUCAUGAAAUGGUUUGGUCCUCCUCAACAGAGACUCAGUGUUUUUGCCUUUACUCUUAUUCAAGUUUUUAUUUGUGUGCUUUGGUUAACAAUAUCACCCCCCUUUCCUUUUAAAAAUGUGAAGUAUUUUAAAGAAAAGAUCAUUCUAGAGUGUAAUGUUGGAUCAGUAUUAGGUUUUUGGGGUGUGUUAGGUUAUGUUGGAUUACUCGCUAUUCUAUGUUUCUUUUUGGCCUUCCUGGCACGAAAACUCCCUGAUAACUUUAAUGAAGCCAAAUUCAUCACAUUUAGUAUGCUCAUAUUCUGUGCAGUUUGGGUUGCUUUUAUACCAGCUUAUGUUAGUUCGCCUGGAAAAUUCACUGUAGCAGUGGAGAUUUUUGCCAUUUUAGCCUCCACUUAUGGACUUUUAUUCUGCAUAUUCAUUCCUAAAUGCUAUGUCAUUUUAUUAAAACCAGACAAGAAUUCUAAAAAACAUUUAAUAGGUAAAGGACCCCCAAGAACCUUAUAA